ACAUGUCUGCGUCCUUAAGUGUGAAAGCAUGACGUGUACUUUGGAUCGAAAACACGUUUUACUAGGCGUAACUGGCAGUGUGGCAGCUGUAAAGGUUGCCGAGCUAUCUAAAAAACUUUCUUCAAUACAUGGCGUUGAGGUAAAGAUUGUUGCAACUGAAAAGUCGCUGCACUUUUUUGAUUUAGAAGCACUAAGAAAAUCACCAGUGGGUGUGUUUACAGAUCAGGAUGAGUGGAAGUGGAGCAACCGUGAAGAUCCUGUACUGCACAUUGAGCUGAGAAAAUGGGCAGAUGUAAUGGUAAUUGCUCCUCUAGAUGCCAACACGUUAGGCAAGAUGGUCAAUGGACUCUGUGAUAACCUGCUGACUUGCAUCAUACGAGCAUGGGACUUCAAUAAGCCGCUAAUAUUUUGUCCUGCUAUGAACACAUUCAUGUGGGAACAUCCCAUCACGAAAUUCCAGAUAGACAAACUCACAAACUGGGGAUUUGUAGAGGUGCCAUGUAUAGAGAAAACACUGGUUUGUGGAGACAAAGGUCUCGGGGCGAUGGCAGAAGUCAAUGUGAUAGCUGAAAAGAUUCAAAAGAACAUGUAUUUAUGAGAGAACAUGUCCCGGAGAUGCUGAGGGUUUAUAGAACAUUUAUCGAGAGUAACCAGUUAUAUUACGCUGCAUAAAAAUCUGCUAAUUAACUACCCACAAGGCCUAUAAAUAUUUACUGUUCUAAGUGUAACAAGUAUGCUUUCACUUUAAGGCAUGUGCAUGUUUUAGUCGAUGGCUUACCAUGAGCAGGCAUGUUCCCAUUAACACGGCGGAGGCGCAAGUCGCUCAGUUCGUGAUAUCCGUGAGAUGUAAGUUAUUUGAACACUUUUCGCAUGCUGUUGGUGCUCAAUGCCUCCGAGCUUUAGUAAAAAGUAUUAAGAAUACUGAUAUUAAGGACAGCACCUUCACCAGAGAGAAUCGGUCAGAGAGCCGUGCCCGCACAUAAGAUCAGUAAGAUUAACAUACUGGUACGUUAUUAUUGCGAUGCAUAAGGAUAUUGUACGAUGUUGUUGCGACGCGCGGGAUUGUAAUAUGAUAUUGUUGUGACGCGCGAGAUGGUAAUAUGUUAUUUUUGCGAUGCGCGAGAUUGUGAGAUGUUAGUUUUGAGGCGCGUAGGAUUGGUGUAAGCUAGCAGUGCGGCGUGGAGAAUCGCCGUACAGUAUUGUCACGCGGUAUACGAGGUUUGGCGUGCCGGCACUUUAUGUACAAUAGAUCAGCUAUUAGGUUAUUGUCAUUAAUUUAGGAUAUUAAAAGAAAUCGUGUAAAAUACCUAUAAUCGUUCGUGUAUUUCUGUUGCGUCAUUCACACGGCGGUCAUCGCUGUUUUUACGCACGUAUCAAUUAUAUAUAUAUAUAUAUAUUAUGCGUGUCUGUCUGUGUGUAUGUUAAUAAACUUGUAUUUGAAAUUGUAUUAUGAGGUAGUUCCACUGAUUAAAACAUGUUAUUAGAUCAUCGCCAGAUCAAGGCAGUUAGGUAAGUUUUUAAAUGAAAUAAAAAUGUUGCUGCUUUUAUAACAUGAGAUUGGACAAUUAAUUAUUGCCAUCAUUUUGAGAACACAGCAUUGGCUAAUUAAAGAUUGUGUUAAAUUGUGAA